AUGACGACAGAUGGAGGAGGGUGGACGACAAUUCAGAAAAGAGAAGAUGGCGACUUGGAUUUCUAUAGGACAUGGAACGAGUACAAAGAGGGGUUUGGAAAUGCCUCUAAAAACUACUGGUUAGGAAAUGACGCAAUCCACUCUUUAUCCAAGGAUCGGAACCAAGAACUCCGAAUUGAUCUCCAGAGUUUUAGUGGAGAGCAGGCCUAUGCUGUGUACUCUACAUUCUACAUCGGAGAUGAAGACAAUAAAUAUAACCUGACAGUAUCUGGAUACAGCGGAACAGCGGAUGACAGUUUGGCUUAUCACAAUGGAAUGAAAUUUUCAACCAAGUUCCAGGACAAUGACAGGUACAGUACUGUUAACUGUGCUAAAGACAGACUCGGAGCCUGGUGGUACAGAGCCUGUACCAACUCAAACCUUAACGGAAUGUACGGACAGUCUGGUGUGUCUGGUAAAAAUUACACGACAUGGUAUGGCUUUAAAGGAUAUGAAGGAUUAAAACAGACUCAGAUGAUGAUCAGACAUAAAAAAUAG